GAAGCCCUAAUUUCCCCCCCUCAACGUUUCAAAAAGAUGAUAACAACGAUUCAACUUCCGGAGACAAACGGUACGUUUUCCCCAUCCCUGCAAGAUCUCCAGAACCUUUUUGUAGUAUUGCUUUUAGUUCCUUAUGAAUGGCUAAUUUAGGGCUAGAAUUUUGAUUGUGCACAGCCAUGCGAUUAUGUUCAAGUUGAAGAAAAACUGAUGUCAUAUAGGGUUUUCUUGACGAUAGUUUAAAGUUAAGAUGCUUUUGGAUGCAUAUAAUCGAUGAAUAUGAUUUCUUCAUUGUAAUUUGGCGUUCUUCACAAUUGGACUCAUGGUGUUUGAUAAUAUGGCUGAGAGAAGUAAAAUUUGGUCUUAUUUAGGAUUGGCAAAAAGAAGAAUUGUUUUCCUUAGUAUUUGAUGUCAACUGCUAGUUCUAGAGGGAGAAGAUUGGAUUUUAUGGGGAUUCAAUCCUUGUAUCUUUGAGUUUGAAUUAAGGGAAGGGAAAAGAGGUAGGGAUGGAGACCCCAGUUUCAGAUGGUAGGGUAUCAAAGAGGUUGUUGAGAAAGAAAUCCCUAUCUAGAAACUAUGAUGAGAAUUUGAUGGAUGAUUAUUUGGAAAAGCAACUAGGUGGUUCUGUAAGGAAAAGGUUUAGAACAAAGAAGGAAUUGGAGAAAGAAACUGAAAAAGAAGCCAUGAUAGCCCUUUCUUUAGGGUUUCCGAUUGAUGCGCUGCUUGAAGAAGAAAUCGAAGCUAACGUAGUGAGUGAAUUGGAUGGGAAAGAACAAAAUGAUUAUAUUGUGGUGAGAAACCAUAUACUAUCAAGGUGGAGGGCUAAUGUACAGGCAUGGCUUUCUAAAGGACAAAUAAAGGAAACUGUAAGUAAUGAAUACGACCACUUGUUGCAUUCAGCUUAUGAUUUUCUUUUGUUUAAUGGGUAUAUAAAUUUUGGAGUUUCACCACCAUUCAAGGCUCAGAUGCCCGAGGAAGCAACUGAGGGAUCUGUAAUAAUUGUGGGUGCAGGACUUGCUGGGUUAGCUGCGGCUCGCCAGUUGUUAGCCUUUGGUUUUAAGGUCAUUGUCUUGGAAGGUAGGAACCGACCUGGUGGAAGAGUUUAUACCCAGAAGAUGGGGCAAAAGGGUAAUUAUGCUGCAGUAGAUCUUGGUGGCAGUGUUAUUACAGGCAUCCAUGCGAACCCGCUUGGAGUUUUGGCUAGACAGCUUUCAAUUCCUCUUCAUAAAGUUAGAGAUAAAUGUCCCUUGUACAAUCCAGAAGGGCAACCAGUUGCUAGGGAAAUCGAUUCCAAAGUAGAAUUUAUAUUUAAUAGGCUUCUAGACAAAGUUACCGAAUUUAGACAAAUUAUGGGUGAAUGUGCUACUGAUGAUAUUUCUUUGGGUUCAGUUCUUGAGAGGCUUAGACAGUUGUAUGCCGUGGCUACAACUACCGAGGAAAAACAAUUACUUGAUUGGCAUUUUGCAAACUUAGAAUAUGCAAAUGCGGGUUGCCUUUCUCACCUCUCCGCUGCCUAUUGGGAUCAAGACGAUCCUUACGAGAUGGGUGGUGAUCAUUGCUUUCUUGCAGGUGGGAAUUGGAGGUUAAUUGAAGCAUUAUGUGAAGGGGUUCCCAUUUUCUACGAAAAGACUGUCCAAACAGUUAGAUACAGUAAUGAGGGUGUUGAGGUGACUGCUGGGGAUCAAACAUACCAAGCAGACAUGGUCCUAUGCACCGUUCCUCUUGGUGUUCUAAAGAAAAAGACCAUUAAAUUCAUACCAGAAUUACCCGAAAGAAAACUAGAGGCAAUUGGGAAACUGGGAUUCGGGCUGCUGAAUAAGGUUGCUAUGGUAUUCCCUUAUGUCUUUUGGGGGGAGGAUCUGGAUACUUUUGGCUGUCUUAGCAAGAAUAGCAGUACACGUGGAGAGUUCUUCUUGUUUUACAGUUAUCAUACUGUUUCGGGAGGAUCGGUUCUUGUUGCAUUGGUUGCUGGUGAAGCUGCAAGAUCGUUUGAAUACACACAUCCAUCCACUUUGCUUCAUCGUGUUUUAAGCAUCCUCAGAGGUAUAUAUGGUCCAAAGGGUAUUGAUGUACCUAAUCCCAUCCAAUCUAUUUGUACAAAAUGGGGAAAUGAUCCCCUUUCUUACGGUUCAUACUCUCAUGUAAGAGUGCACUCUUCUGGUAGUGAUUAUGAUAUACUUGCAGAAAAUGUGGAAAACCGGCUUUUUUUUGCUGGUGAAGCCACAAAUCGCCAACAUCCGGCCACCAUGCACGGUGCUUACUUAAGUGGCUUAAGAGAAGCUUCAUGCAUUUAUAGAGUCGCAAAGGGUAAGCAAACGCAAACUCAUCCUAAGAAAAGCAUUCGGAAAAUUGGUGGAGUGAGUGAUAUUCUCGUAAAUCUUUUCAAGAAGCCGGAUCUAGCUUCUGGGAACUUCCUUUUUGUAUUUGAUCCUUCGACUGACGACCCUAAAUCAAUGGGGCUUAUGAUGGUUGCUAUCGAUAGUUCUGGUAGUGAGUUAUGUAACGAUAACGGGAAGGUCAACAUUAGUCAACAUUCUGACAAGCAACCCAUGAAGCUUUACACGAUUGUAUCGCGUGUACAGGCACAAGAGUUGCAAUCUGUGGUAGGACGUGGCGAGUGUGGAUUAACAUAUUUGUCAAAAAAUCUCGGGUUGAAACUAAUGGGAUCAGAUUGUUUUACCCUCUUAGCGAAUUCCUUGAUUUCAUACAUUGCUACAAGAAGAGGCAGGCUCAGAAAUCGGGUAGUUUACGGAAACCAUGUUUCAUACACAUGAUGAUUCAUUAAUGAAUACUUGGAACUUCACAUCUUCUUGUUGUAAGCAUGCAUACUUCUGGGACAUGAAAUUUGGCUUUUCGGGUGCGCCCUUUUGUUCUUAUAUCAUGGCUGCUGAAAGUGUCGGGUUAUCGUAUGAUUCAGAAAAGUCAACUUUUGAGGUCUGAUUCUGCAUUGGAUUCAGCUGCAACAUCUAUUUGGUAAAUCACUUAAACAGCAGAAGCUUGGUUGAGUGAGGAUGAUUCAUUAAUGAAUGAAUGAGUGACCUUUUGCAUAGAAUGGUGGUAAGUUUUAUGUAUACUAGCUCAUGUGCAUGACUUUAGUUUAGCAUCUCUUUGAUUUUUGCUUCCAAGUGUAAUCACCCUUGUAAACUACAUUUUUCUUCUUCUUCUGUUAAAGCAUUUGGGUGAAAAAGAUGACACA